AUGUCAAGAGUCCCAAUACUCACCAUACCAGAGUCGGCGUAUGAUCCAAGCACGUAUACCUUAUCGCCACACCAAUAUAGUGGCCGUAAGUCCAAAUUAUUCGCAUACUUGAUUAGAUUGACGCACGGUUCAGCCAUUACGUUGACAUUGGCGUAUAUAAUAGGGCUAUUUGUCCUUAAACCGUUGUUACAGACUACAGCUAGUCGUCGUUAUGACUUACUUGAACAAUUUCGUGGUAAACUUCGAGAUUGUUAUUUGAACUUGAUUGGUAGGGUUAGUCACAUACCCAUAGUGGCCAUAAACAAGAAUGAUGGGAGUGGAAAGUUAUAUGCCGAUGCGAUUUGCCAAACAACAGACUCAUAUUUGGAUUCCACUAGCUACAAGAGUAUAAGUGAAGAAGAAGAAGAAUUGAAUAAGAAGGAUAAGUUAUUCCAAGACAGAUUAACCACCAGAUUAACGAGAUUAUCGGAAAUAUUGAAGAAUUGUGAAGCUUAUCGUUCAGAGGAGAUACCAAGCUACAAAACAGUCAAUUUUGCAUUGAAAGACCUUCAGAAUAAGGCAGAUUUGACGUAUUUCAACUCCAAUGAGUUAUUCACCGCAACGCCCAAUAAUACCGAUUCGUCAAGUGGAUCUGCACCUAGAAAGAGAAACUUGGCGGUGGAUACCAAGAAUGAAAUAAGAAGCAUGAAGGGUUUAUUUAUGAGCGGUCAAAUCUAA